GGGAGAGGGUGGUGCUGUCAAAUAAAUUUUUCCAAUAUGGCGCGUUCAAUACGUUUCUGCUUAGGAGAAAAAUAAAUGUGAAGAAAAAUCGGCUAAAAGGUGUGUCCGCGUGUGAAAAUGGAGCCUCAGCUUGCUUUAGCCGGCCGCGCGGAUUCCCCGUGUGCAUGUUUUCGGUAAUAAAUUGCCCGUGUGCACAGCGAUUGAGUGCAUUUUGCUCGAAGGCCGCAAACCACAAGAAAAAUUUUUCUCUCCACACACCAAACACACAUUUUUUUCCUUUUUCACCCCAAAAAGGGAGCCGUGAAAAAGAGUCUCCUGGUUCGCACGCAUUGCCUAAAAUAGUGUACAAUUUAUUUGGUUGAACACACUCAGCCACCCAUCAGUUGCAUUUGUUCACAAUUUUUUUUUCUGUGCAAAAAAACGAAACCGGAGGAUAUUGUUUCUCCUGCAAAAGCGCUUCCCUCUCACCUCCUGACGAUUUUCGUCUGUGGAGCUUUGGGCACAGAGUUUUCCGAGGCUCCAUCCAUUCACUCACACGUGUCUGGCGUGCCGGAAGCUGCCAAAAGGUAGUAUUUUUUGACCUGGCGUGAGGAUUCUCGCUGCGGAUUGGAGAGAAGGCCAAGAUUUUCACGGUGGAUAGCGAGAGUGGAAUGCCAUUCUAGUGACAUGAGUGUGGAGUAGAGGAGGUCGCUGAUAGUAUUGUGUAGAGUGGUAGUUGAAUAAUCACUGAUAAAUUUGUGAAUGAAACAAUAUUGAUUGUGUAUUGUGAACUUUUUUCUGCAUCAGUGUUGUCCCUCUGCUCGGACACAGUGAGAGAAAUACCUCCCCAAAAGGGGAUAGAGUUACCUGAAUUAUCUAACUGAAAUUAAAAAAAAAAACUCCAUAAAUCUUAGCAAGGGAUACUCCCUGUCCGGGAAGAUUAUCCCCAAAGUGUAUUGAUAAUUUUUGUGAAAUAAGUGAUACAAGUGAAGAUAAUGUGGAAUAUGAUGUGCGACGUGAUGCCCACGAUUUCGGAGGAUAACAUCUCCCAGAGAUCCUCCCAGUUCAGUGGUGAGGAUGCUAAUUUUGAGCAGCUGAUGGUGUCUAUGCUAGAUGAACGGGAUAAGCUGAUGGAUAGCUUGAGGGAGGCUCAGGAUCGUCUCAAUGAGAGUGAAGUGAAGCUGUCGGAGACGGAGAAGGAACGAGACAGUCUUCAGAGGCAAAUUAAUGCCAAUCUGCCACAGGAAUUUGCCACCCUCACAAAAGAAUUGACCCAAGCACGAGAAACAUUGCUGGAGAGAGAUGAAGAGAUUGCCGAACUGAAAGCCGAAAGGAAUAAUACACGGCUUCUGCUGGAACAUUUGGAAUGUUUGGUGUCGCGUCAUGAGCGGUCUCUGAGGAUGACGGUGGUGAAGCGACAAGCAGCAGCACAGAGUGGUGUUUCUAGUGAGGUGGAGGUGCUGAAAGCUUUAAAGAGUCUCUUUGAGCAUCACAAAGCUCUGGAUGAGAAGGUACGGGAACGUCUGAGGAUAGCACUGGAGAAAAAUACAGCUCUUGAGGAGGAAUUAAAUUCAGCUAAGGAAGAGAUUCAACAGUAUAAAUCUGGAGCAAUUCAUGUGGGUGAUGGUGGUAAGGAGAAUGGUGAUGGCGAUAAAUCUGGCGUUGGACAGUCGGUUAACGGAGAUGGUAGUGGUGGAGAUGUUUUAAGUACCGUUGAUUAUGUCGCAAAGACACAUGAACUGCAGACAAUUAUUGAAAAACAGACAGCCGAAUUAUCACAAUGGCAGCGACGUGUAUCGGAUUUAAAUAAUAAAAUCAGUGAGAUGGAGGAGAAUCUGUCGAAGGUACAGAAGGAGUAUGCUAAAGCACAAGAUCAAUGUGCUAAAUUGCAACGUGACUUGAGGGAAAAUGUGGCUCAGAAGGAAGACCAGGAGGAACGAAUUGCAACACUGGAAAAGCGAUACUUGAAUGCUCAAAGAGAAUCGACAUCACUACAUGACUUAAAUGAGAAAUUGGAACAGGAAUUGCGACAUAAAGAAGCACAACUGAAGUUGCAUGAGGAAAAAAUAUCGGCAAUUCAGGAGAAAUUGGAACUGUCUGAGCAGAAGUUGCAACAAAUGGCCAAAUUUCCGGAAAUGGAAGAACAAUUGAAGGCACGUAUGGAGGCGCUGACGCAGGUAGGAACUCAGGCACAAGAGAGGCAUGGAUCAGCUGAAGAUCGUAUACAGCGAUUGGAGGCAAAUUUGGAGGAGAAAAAUGCCGAAGUGAUGCGUCUGAAUCAGCGUUUGAAGAUGAAUGAAGAACACAAUCAGCGUCUAUCGUCGACAGUUGAUAAAUUGCUGUCAGAAUCAAAUGAUAGGCUUCAGGUGCAUCUGAAGGAGCGUAUGCAUGCGCUCGAUGAGAAGAAUACGCUGACGCAGGAGUUGGAGAAGGCAAGAAAAAUGGCUGAGGAAUUGCAUCAGGAGAAGACGGAUAUUGUGAAGGAAUUGUCCAAGACACGUCUUGAAAUUGAGAAUUUCAAACGACAACUUCUGCAGCAAGAGAUUGCUUUUAAUAUUCAGCAAACUGAGGCACUAACACGAAGUCUAUCGCCAAGCAAUGUGGCUGAUCCGAAUUCAUUCUCUCGGAGUGCCUCCCACACAUCCUUUGACACGCAUUCACUGCGUCGGCAGAAGGUGCGUCUCGACGAUGGGGAUCCAUUUGCACGGUCCCUGGCUGAGCAAGAGUGGGGAAAGUUGCAACAGGCACAUGUACUGUCAAAUGUGCAACAGCCAUUUGAUGUAACAAGCGGCGUUGAAGGUGAUGAUGCAGAAAGUCUCUUCAGCACGGCUGACAUUAUGUCACCCACUGGUCACACAGAUGCUCAAACACUCGCUAUGAUGCUUCAAGAGCAAUUAGAUGCCAUCAAUAAUGAAAUAAGACUCAUUCAGGAGGAAAAACAGUCAACAGAGGCCCGAGCUGAGGAACUUGAGUCUCGUGUUGGAAGUUUAGAACACAUGAAUUUAUUAGCACGAGGACGAUCAAUGGAUCGACAGAGUCCACCAUUGAGUGGUCGAAGUACACCAAAUAGUCCCAAUAGAGAUUACCUUCAUAAAUAUCAUACGCUUAAUCUUCCUGCAUUGUCAUCUGACGUGUCACGAGAUGAACUGCAUGGGAUGAGUCUUGGUGGUGAUUCCAGUUCCGGUGGUGCUGCAUCUCCUCUAACAGCAAGAUCUCUGCGUCUUGAGCGCGUAGCUCAAGCCUUGGCUCACAGUCAAGAGGAAUUGAGAAGACGUUCAAUGGGGCUAUCGUCUGGAGGUUUUCCUGGACAGAAUAAUAUAAGAGUGGGAACGUCAAAUUUUGGUCCCUCACCACUCAGUUCGAGGCAUGGAAGUCAAGAAUCUUUGAGACACUUUAGCACGAUGGGCUCCAUGAGUAUGCUGCAAACACCAACAUCGAGCUCAAGAGACGCUGUGGCGGCAGCACAGAAAAAGAAAGGCAUCAAAUCGAGCCUUGGACGAUUUUUCAGCAAGAAGGAAAAGGUGAAAGGUGUAAAAGAUGCAAUGCCUGAUGGUUCUACCAGUAUGAUGUCUAUGAGUGGAUUAUCUGUAGCUAUGAGUGACAUUGAUUCCAACUAUGAUGUAAUGAGCAUAUCUGGAGGAAAAAUUGUUGGAAAAUCUUCAACAGUGGAUUAUGGGAGACAGAAGAAAAAAGAACAUGACUAUCGUCACGAUCUUCUGGGAGAGGCAAUGAAGGCUGGAACACCGUUUGCUUUGUGGAAUGGACCAACAAUUGUGGCAUGGCUGGAACUGUGGGUUGGUAUGCCAGCAUGGUAUGUGGCCGCAUGUCGGGCAAAUGUGAAAUCAGGCGCCAUCAUGAGUGCACUGAGUGACACGGAAAUCCAGAGGGAAAUAGGCAUCAGCAAUCCACUUCAUAGGCUAAAAUUGCGACUUGCAAUUCAAGAGAUGGUCUCACUAACAUCACCGUCAGCACCGCAAACAACACGCACAACAUUGGCCUUUGGUGAUAUGAAUCAUGAAUGGAUUGGAAACUAUUGGUUACCAAGUCUGGGUCUGCCACAGUAUCGUACGACAUUUAUGGAGUGUCUCGUUGAUGCGCGAAUGUUGGAUCAUUUAACGAAGAAGGAUUUGCGUGGUCAGUUGAAGAUGGUUGAUAGUUUUCACCGAACAAGUCUUCAAUAUGGUAUUUCGUGCCUCAAGAGGCUUAAUUAUGACCGAAAUGCCCUGGAAGAUAGGCGGAAAGCAUCUGAAAAUUCCAUGUCGGAUGUUCUUGUGUGGAGCAAUGAUAAAAUUAUCCGCUGGGUAUCAACUAUUGGAUUAAAGGAAUAUGGCAAUAAUUUGUUAGAAUCAGGUGUUCAUGGAGCUCUUAUUGCCCUUGAUGAGAGUUUCGAUGCCAAUGCGAUGGCUUUAGCUCUACAAAUACCUACACAAAAUACCCAAGCUCGUCAAACGUUAGAAAUGGAAUUCAAUAAUUUAUUGCAAAUGUCGACGGAGAGAAGGCCCGAGACUGAACAACUCAAUAAAUCCUGAUCCAACGUCAGUCUUUCUAGUCUUAGUGAUGAAUGAAAAGGAGUAUUUAAUUUAUCGGGAUUCUACCUAUAUUUCUUUGUUCAUUAUACAUACACAUGUUUUUUUUUCUACCAAUUUAAAUGUAACUUACAUGUAAAGUCAAAUAUUUUGAACAUUUUUUUGUUUAUAGUAAACUAAAAGGCAAAAAGAGAAUAAUUUUAUUGUAAGUAUAAAUGCGAAAAAAACAAUUGAAAAAGGAAAGAAAAACCAAAAGUGGAAAAGAUGGGAAAUAUUUAUAGAUAUUUUCCAAAAUAACUACUAUAGAUAAUAGGCUAAUAAAAAUUGAAAGUCAUUUCGCAUAAAAGAAAACAUAAAUUAACAACAAAAAAAAUUUAAAAAAAGAAUAAUUUAUAAAAAAAAUAUACAUGUGGGUCAUUUCAGAUUAAUAUAAAAGGCUUUUUCAUCAUAAGAGAAUUUUCAAAGUUUUUUGUAUUUGUUGAUGAGAUACAAGAACAUAAUAAAAGUCUGAUUAAAUAAUACGUUACAUUUCAUAAUUAUAUAGAAAACAAAUUUUUCCUGACAUUUUAUAAUUGUACACAAAAUAGUAAAAAUGACAAAAAUAAUAUUCUUUGUGAAAAAGCUUUCUAUGGAGACUGUGCUGACUUCCACUAAAUUACAGGUUAAUAUAAUAAUUAAAUAGAAAAAGUAUAAAAAAAACAACUUUAAAGUAAUUAAGGAAAUGAAAUGAGAUGCAAUAUAAAAGUUUACAAUGUGCGGUAUCUCAUUUUGGGAAAAAGAAAAAGAAAGAUCAUAAGCUGAUAUUUUUACUUUUUUGGGGGACAGAUAAGGAAAAAAAAUAACGCAAAAAAUUGUUGAAAGAACAUGAUAGGGAGGGGAUAUUGUACUUUUUACCUAAAUAGUUAGAUUUUGAAUAGAUUUUGUUAUUGGUGAUUGAUAGAAAAACAAGUAAGUAAAAAAAACUCAACUUUGAC